ACCUUCGCCAUAACACUCUCAGUACACGACGGGACACUGUGGUCAUGGCGUCCCUCCUCAGAGGCCAGUUGGCAUGGGUGGUGGUGUUGUUAGCAGUCUUGGCAUCAUUGGAGGUCAGAGGUCAUGAGGAUGAUCAAUUGUGUGUACCUCCUGAACCUAAUGAUGACCACCCCAUCCCUGAUUACUCAAUGACCUUAUCUGCCAACUUUACACUCACCCUUGAGAUGACGAGUGAAAUGAAGAAUGCGACUUAUUACGUGGAGGAGGCCCGUGAACGCCGGUACUACCACAGUACUUACGCCGACAGUAGCGCCGUCUCGUUACGACAGAACGGUACGAAGACGGUGUACCACUACUACCCUUUGCUGGAUAAAUUUAUCACCCAAUAUGGCGACCACUGUCAAGGCUCUGGGGCAAAGCCGAAGUUUGAGCCAUGGGGGUGGUUUGACAGUAACUUGACCCACGGGGAUAAGAACUACGGCCCUUCCAGCAUCCUCCGUCUCUCUACCAUCCUUAACACUGAAUUUGUCGACGGGGACGUAAUGAUCGAGGGGGUCAAGUGUGAGCGCUGGAGGACCUGCUCAUCUGAUGGCGCUAUUGAGAUCAUGUUUACGUUCUCAGAGAGGGGGUGGAAUAUGCCAGAGACCAACCAAUUCACUGAUGGUGAUGGCCGAAUCCCUGUACAGUUUGAAAUUAAUUACAUGGACGGCUCUGAUCACUUGUCUUACAACGUGGUUCAGUUUGCUCCCGUUGUCCUGUCUCACGAUAUUCUAGAGACACCCCGAGGACUGUCGUGUGAGAACAGAGUGAGCGUUAUCAAUACCAUCAAGAUCCCGAGUAUACCCUGGCACUUUAGUUUGUCUCUAGAGGAUAUACAACACGCGGAGAUUGAAGGCAAAUCCUACGGUAACCAACAACUGGAUCGAUUACAGCUAACCUACGCUGGCAAGAUCUCUCUGGUUAGCUUAAAUUACGUACCUAAGGCCGACAUAGGUCACAUCUCUGACUUCCAAGUGGAGAUCAUUCACGACUUCAACACAGGUGUCCAAUACACGGUCAACAGGGAGUAUGGUAACUGCUCCCUCGAUUUCAUACCACCGUACAGCUUCGACUCCCACUUCGCUGGUUAUCUUAAUUCCGGCGGGUCGCUCUUGGCUCCAAACGACCUCUUUCACAUCGACAAGUCUUACUCCUAUGUCGGGGAGCGUCCAACACGACAUAUUGAUGGCGACAUGUGGACAGAUACCCGACUAGACGACAUACCCGAUCCGGAUACAGGAGGGACGAUUGAUUACCCGAAAGCUGUCCUCGAUUAUUACUUCACUCAGGGGAUAGAGGUGACCCCAGCUGGUAAUGUUCCCGUCACUAUGCCCAUGAGACGUGAUCUCUUCGUCUACAAUAGAACCAACAUAAUGCAGGAGGUAGAAGCGAGCGUCACCAAUUUCUACGAUUUCCAGAAGAUAAACUUGUACUCUGAGCAGGAGUUCUCGGUGCAGGAGUGUUACGAACAGCACGACGAUCGCUGGUCCUUCGUUGACAUUUUCUUUCCCGCCACGCAGCCGGAGCAGUUUAUCUUAAUAAAGAACCAAAUCACGAACUUCAAGCACAAUAUCAUCCUCUUACUCACCAAAAUAGGCAACAUGUCACCCGUCAGGAUAGCCGAUAUUGAGGUGAAUGAUGGAAUAUCUGGUCUCGUUCCCAACACUACUGAUGCUGACACUAUCUUCGUCUCCAUUAAGCUGUUGGAGAGAGCCCCUUACCUCUUCUCCUACAGGGAGCCAGUGGACCACCCCUUUCAGGUACCAGGAGACAAAGAGCCUGAUUAUACUGAUAUUCAGACACUGGAGGAUUGUGCUGCCCUCUGUACUCAGGAGAUGGGUUUCAUGUGUCAGUCAUUCCACCAUUGUGACGAUGAGAUAUGUUUCCUGAGCUCAACAAAUGGCACAAAUGGUAACCCUAUCACAAAGUAUGCCUCCUGCCGUCACUGGAUCUACGACAUUGCCAAUAAGACGUUCGAGGAUUACCCCAGUGUGAUGGUGUAUCAUAAUAUACUCACUGCCAUCAAGGAUAAGAAGUUCACUUUUACACUCAAAUAUAAGGGUAACCCAGUCGUGUACACCGCUUCGUCCAGCCUCCACUACCGGACUCCUGACCCCAACAACGAGAUCAGGAGCCAGUUUACUCUCGAGGCCAAGUUGACCACCAUCAGUAACCCUGACGAUAUCAACACUAAUGUUACCUCCCUAGACGACUGCCUGGCCCUCUGUGUACACUGGAAGGCCUACCGCUGUGAGACCGUCGUCCACCUGAGCCAAGAGAUGAUCUGCCUCUUCCUGGCUAAACAUUUCUUGGAGAUUAAUCAGACUCAACUGAUUCCUCACACUGAAGCUUAUAUCUACUCCAGGUCAUAUCUGGUGGACUAUUACCCUAUCCUUGGGGGCGUGGCACUCAACACAUCUGGUCCGAUCUACCCCAACGUCGACCACAUUGAAGACUGCGCCAUGUACUGCUCGACGGAGACCACAAUCAAGUGUCAGAGCUUCGAGUGGUGUUAUGAGGAACUGUCGUGUCACCUGCAUAAAGAACACUUCUUGGACGUGGCUAGUGGUGAUAACUACCGCGUUAACUCCUCCUGCAUCCACUUCUCCAAAAACACAGAGUCCAUCUUCUCGAGGUAUGCUAACCAAGGGAUGCCAUCCAGCAAACACAAACUGGCUGCCGUUCAAUCUGAUGCCUCAAGUUGUGCCAAGUUCUGCAUAGACGACCCGGAUGAAACGUGUGAGAGCUUCGACUUUUGUACUGGCUGCACCACGAACGAGUACGGUGUGUGUGGGAAGGAGAACGCAGGCAAAACUAACCUCUGCUUUAUCGGUACUCACCAUCUGGGAGAGUCUGGUCUGAAGCUGUCCACCGCUACCAAGUGUGAACAUUAUUCACGUAAUCUCUUUGGGGACCUGGACUACGCUAGCUGGCUUGCUCUUCAACGUAGGAAUGCCAAUCCUUACACACCAGGUGCCAUGACUGGCUUGGCCUUCGGGAUGAUAUUCCUGGGCAUUUUGGUGUCUUUGGCUUUCCUGGUUGUCAUGGUCAAGUUUAAACCCACCUCCGUGCCCAAGGAUUUCGCUAUAUCCUUCGUCACAAUUAAGACGUCAGGAGAAUCCGAUACAUAGAAAACGGAUGCGUAUCAAAUGAGAACCUAUCUUAUAUCACCUCUGUGUUAAUUUGUAUCUAAUCUUGUGUGUGUGUGUUGAUGCUCCUUCUUUGCCCAUUUCUUAUCUACACUUGUUUUAUAUCUUUUUAUUUACACCUUUCUUUCUUUCUCUACACAUAUCUCCCUCUACACUUGCAUAUCUCACAACACUUCUUCUCACUUCUCCCUUCUCACAGAUGUCUCUAAACCCUUGAUCCACGACACACAAAAACUCGAAGAAGAGUACUGUAGAUAUAACAGAUAAACAAAAAAGGUGUCCAGAGGUGUAAACAAAAUAUAUAAACAAAAACACCUUAUCUUACCUGUUGACGAGUGUAAAUUGACAUUAAGAGUUUACUUAUACUGGGUUUUCUGUCAAUAAUUUCCUGUGAUAGUGAUGUUGAAUGCUUUAAGGAUGCAGAAUAAGGGGUUUGGGUGUGUAGAGGCUGUGUGAGUUUUUUCCACACAUACAGUACAUACACGUGUUAGAAAUGUCCUCUACAUUUUUUUCUUACGCUAAAAAAGGCGUUAAUAAGGAAUAAUGAUAAAGAAUUGAUGUAUAAAUAUAUUAAACUUAAUAAAUUGAUGAAAAAAACUCAUUACGUGCCUAUAACUUUUGUAUUUAUGUAUUAUGUAUAAGUGUAGUAAAUAGUUAUUCAUAAGUCGAUGAUAGAAAUAAAUGUUUAAUGUUAUGUAAACCUAUCUACUGAGUCAGUGUUCGGUGCAACUAUUAACCGAACUACUGUAGUGGCUUGUUAGGCAGUUGUUUAUCAGCCAGUUGGUGAAGGCUUGUGAUUGGUUGGUAGAUAGAUGAGGGGCGGGAUAAGUUAUUGUUAUGGACGGACCUUGGGAUGCAACUCACUCCUCUUGUGACCGUCCAUUAGUGAACGACUGUCUAUAACCAGGUGAGUGAUGUGGUUUAUAUUAGUGACAAGAUAGGGUGUGAUUUUUAGUGAUUUAUUCCGGGAUAAAGUAAAGGAAGGAAUCACGAGAAUACAAGUACACACACACACACACACACACGCGCUAAAUAUGGUACCAACUUUUAUCCCCUUGUGAUGGAUCCCUGUAAACAUAUAGAUCUGAUUAUGUGAUCUCUAUAUUAUAAUAUACAAGCUACUAUGAAGUGUAUUGCUGUUAUUGUUAAUGGUGUAUAUAAAAGUAAGAUUUACAAAGGUGUUUUUUUAUUCUUCAGACACCUUAAUACACCUUCAUACAACAUACAUUUUAACAUACCCUCAUACGCCUUUAUACACCUUUAUACUGUAUACUAUCAUACACCCUAAUAUAGCCUCAUACACCCCUCAUACACUUAACUAUACAGUUUUAUAUAUACAUACAGUUGCAUUCAUACCUGAUACAGUGGGUGGCAUAUUUUCAGAGAUGUGGCACCUAUGUGUUUCUUUACACCGGAAUAUAUCGUCGACAAUCCUCCCCGAUCUAUGAAUGUGGAUAUUUUUCCUAUUGAAUUUCACUUAACAUUAAUGCAGACCAACAAACCUAACGCUAGCGCCUUGUCUGAGUACUUGAUAAUAUUGUUGCUGUAAAGUUAAAAGUAAAACCAAAUUUGUUA